UGGCACUUCUGUAGAGACUGCGGCAUGAUGGCCCCUCCAAGAUCCAAGCACUGCCCACUGUGCAAGGCCUGCAUUCUUAAAAGGGACCAUCACUGUUUCUUUGCAGGCUGCUGUGUGGGAUUUCAUAACCAGAGAUACUUCACAAUAUUUUGUCUUUAUGCUGGUGUUGCAUCAUUUUAUGUUUGGACGUUCAUGUCAUAUUAUCUCAGUGAGCACUACGAACCCUUGCAGACGUGGGGCUAUCUUUCAUACUUGCCUCCACUAGUCCUUUAUUUCUGGAUGUUUGGCAUCAUCAGCUUAUCCAGCCUAGGUUUAGUCACCUUUCAAUAUUUUAUAUGUGUAGCUGGAUUGAGCUGCUUUUAUUUUGUUAUCAUUCAAAUGUAUUUGAUUGUAUGUGGACAGACAAGAUAUGAAUGUGUCAAAGGUAUACAUGUUUACAAAGGCACAGUAAGGGAAAAUAUUCUCUCUGUGUUUGGACCCUUAUGGGUCAUUGGGUUCUUUUUUCCUGUCCCAUUCUUAGGUUACUAUGGUGAUGGGAAAAACUGGCAUGAAUGGCAAAGCAAGGUUUAA